AUGACACCAACUGCUCGACCAUUGCGGGAAAGAUGGCAUGAUAUGAUACAGGGCCUCAACGUUGAUGAAAAUACAUUCACCUCGAGGUCAAAGUCGAUAUCCAAGUCAAAGUCGAGGUCCAAGUCGAAGUCCAAGUCCAAGUCGAGAUGGAAGUCGAGGUCCAAGUCCAAGUCGAAGUCGAGGUGGAAGUCGAAGGCUAGGUCGAAGUCGUCCACGUCGAGGUCGAAGUCGAGGUCCAAGUCCAAGUCCAAGUCGAAGUCGAGGUCCAAGUCAAGAUCGAUGUCGAAGUCGAGAUCGAAGACGAGGUCCACGUCGAAGUCGAGGUCCAAGUUGAAGUCAAGGUCCAAGUCCAAGUCGAGGUCGAAGUCGAAGUCGAGGUCCAAGUCCAAGUCGAAGUCGAGGUGGAAGUCCAGUUCGAAGUCGAGAAUUAAGUCGAAGUUUAG